CUCGCACGGCUCCGCCCACAGUUCAACGGAAAGUUCUUUAACCCAGUGCGCCAGUCCUCGUCAGCGUCUCGCUCUGCACAGAAGCGCGAGCCCCUUUCACUGUGUCACCAUGGCGACGCCGAUGAUCAGCACCUCGGGCAGCAGACCCUACCAUGUCAUUAUCUUCGGAGCCUCGGGCUUCACGGGCCAGUUUGUGGUGGAGGAAGUGGCCCGCACCUCGGCCGAGGGUCCGAAGGGUACUCUGAAGUGGGCGGUGGCCGGCAGAAGCCGCCAGAAGCUGGAGAAGGUUUUGGAGCAGGCCGCUGAAACACUGAGUAAACCAGAGUUGAAAUCAGAAGUGGAUAUAAUUGUGGCAGAUGUUGGUGAACCAGACUCCUUGGCUGCUAUGUGCAAACAAGGCGUGAUUGUUCUGAACUGUGUGGGCCCAUACAGGUUUUAUGGUGAGAAUGUUGUCAAGGCAUGUGUGGAGAAUGGGGCGCAUUACAUUGACAUCUGUGGAGAACCUCAGUUUCUGGAAGGGAUGCAGCUGAACUACCACAGCCAGGCGGCAGAGAAGGGGGUUUAUGUUGUUGGCAGCUGUGGUUUUGACUCCAUCCCUGCAGACAUGGGUGUGCUCUAUUCCAGAGACCAGUUCAAAGGGACUUUGACUGCCAUUGAAAGCUUUCUGACAGUGAGCAGUGGAUCAGAGGGAAGCUGCAUCCACGAUGGCACCUGGCAGUCGGCCAUCUACGGCUUUGCGGACAGCGAGAAGCUGAGAAGUCUGAGGAAGAAACUUGGCUAUGCACCCCUCCCUGUAGUGGGAUCCAAGAUCAAAAAGAGGGGCACCCUAUUCUACAGCAGGGAGAUGGAUCAGUAUGCUGCGCCUUUCAUGGGUGCCGACCCAUCGGUGGUGAAGAGAACACAACGCUACCUGUAUGAGGAGCGCAAAGACUCACCGGUUCAGUAUGGAGCAUAUGCUGGCAUUGGAGGCAUGACAUCUGUGAUCAAAUUGCUUUUUGGAGCCAUGCUCUUUUGGCUUAUGGUCAACUUCAGCUUUGGUAGAAGCCUCCUUAUCAAGUUUCCAGAGUUUUUCUCUUUUGGCUGGUUCUCAAAGGCUGGUCCAACUAGAAAGCAGAUGGCAGAGUCGUCCUUCUGCCUUACAUUUUUUGGGGAGGGUUACACUGGGGACCAGGACCCUGCACAGGGGAAACCCAAUGCUAAAAUACGCACUCAAGUGAAAGGACCAGAGGCAGGUUAUGUUGCCACCCCGAUCGCCAUGGUACAGGCAGCAUUCACGAUCCUUCAUGAGCCCAAGUCCCUCCCCAAGACGGGGGGUGUGUAUACUCCUGGAGCAGCUUUUGCUAAGACCACCCUUAUCGACCGCCUCAACAAGCAUGGCAUCCAGUUCUCCGUGUUGAGUGGCCCUGAGGCCUAAGGGCCCCACCCCUUCCAGCCUGACUCACCCUCAGGCAGAAGUGCUUGUUCAGCUUGUGCAGUAUAGACAAAGCUCUCAAUGCAGCAUCACAUCACACAGCCACCUGCAGUAGUUCUGACUAGUAAACUGUUCUGUGUAUCUUGUGGUUGACAAAUUUAGAUGCCAAUGAGUGUCAGCAUGUCAUUUUGCAUAGCCUGUGUUUUCACGUUCCUUUAUUUACAAGUGCAUUUUUUUUUUUUUUUUUGUUUUCAUUGUUUUGCUAGAGACUGGUUUGAUUUCAUUCCUAGUUUGGACAGCAGUGACAUGUUUAACAGCUCCCUCUAAUUCAUACAUGCAGGUGACUUACACUACAUGCUGCAGCGAGGGUCAUCUGAGACAAUUUGUUACAUAGGUCCGUUAUCUGCCUCCAUUAGGAAUAUUUCGUUGACCAAACUGCACAUCCAUACUGGGACCGAUUUAACUUAAUGCAUAAUAGAUGUUAACUACUUGUGCUGAUGUGGCUUGAGAACAGGAGUAGAGACUUCUAACCUUUUAGGAACAGUUAGAACACAGGUUUGCUGUACCUUCUAUUGGUGUGCUGGCCCUUUGACUUUGGAUGCUCUGCAGUGGGACCUGUCCUCCCUGGAUUGAGUGGUGUGGCUGUUGGGUCUUUUUUUCUUUGACUAAAUAAAGACAACUUGAAAUAACAU